GGGGCUGGAGCUGCCUGGAUACUGCAAGAAGGAAUUACUCCCAAAGUUGUGAGGAGCUGGCAGGGAGCAGCAGCAAUGCAGCGAGCCCGGCAGGAGCCCGGGAUCUGCACAGGGACACAAACAGAUCUCCCAGCACAAACUGGGAAGCACUUCUGAAACUUGAUGCCUUCUUGUCAAUGCUCUUAAUACCGAGAUGUUACAUCUCUGGAGUAAAUUUAGCCAUGAUAUUUUAAGCAUCAGUGAGAUCUGGAGCAAAGCAGGGGAAUUGAAUGUGGGAGUGCUAAAAUGUCAGUGUUAAAUACCACAAAAGCAUCACAAUGCAGUGGUGAGAGAAGCUACAAGUGCUCACCUAGUGUAGGAAAUUUAAGGGGCUUUGUGCAUGUGACACUGCAAGAUUUCAUAUAAUUGACUGCAAUCUUUUAUAUUCAAGCUUAGGUUUGAGCAAGGAGUAUAAAAAAUUAAAAUAAAUGGAAGAUGGACCAGAUGUUUCAUGUACGGUGCUUUAUGACAAAGACAGAAACAAAUACAGCUUCAGGACAGGUUUGCUGUCUUAUUAAACACUUAAAGCACUGCUUGCCUGAGAAUCUUUAAAUGAAGCCCAUGAUAAGCCAGCACAGCUGAUUGUUACUCUCCAGAACAUGUGCUUGAAAGACUUUGAUACUGGGAAACUUUGUGGGCUGGGAGAGCCUGGAAGUAGGAAGCCCUUUGAUAAUGCUUUCAUUUCAGUUUAAUCAUGUGGAUACCUCUUCACAACAGCUGAGCAAAGAAGUUUUCUCCUUAAACAGAGGUUUGUCCUCCGAUUCCCAGGCAACUAUUUUGAGGUACCAUGCCGCCCAAAGGUCCCGGCAAAGGCAAGCUGCCAGUCCCGCUCCCUAAAGACAUGAUCCUGAAAGACACCGAAGGAAAAACCUGGAGGCUGGGCAAUCAGAUCGGCCAGGGAGGAUUUGGCCUGAUCUAUUUAGCAUCCCCUCAAAUUCAGGUUCCUGUAGAAGAUGAUGCAGUGCAUGUCAUUAAAGUGGAAUAUCUUGAAAAUGGCCCCUUGUUUUCUGAGCUGAAGUUUUACCAGAGGGCAGCAAAACAGGAGCAUAUAAGAAAAUGGAUGAAUCUCAAAAAAAUAAGAUGUUUAGGAAUUCCAGUGUUUUGGGGAUCAGGCCUGGCUGAGUACAAGGGGAAAAGCUACAGGUUCAUGGUCAUGGAGAGACUGGGGCAAGACCUCCAAAGAAUCUUUGAAGAUUGUGGCAGCAGGUUUAAGAAGGAGAUUGUUCUGCAGCUUGGGGCACGGAUGUUGGAUACUUUGGAGUACAUACAUGAAAAUGAGUAUGUCCAUGGGGACAUUAAAGCAGCAAAUCUUCUGCUGGGCUACAGCAAUCCACACGAGGUUUAUCUUGCAGAUUAUGGACUUUGCUACAGAUAUUGUCCCAAUGGGAACCACAAACAGUAUCAGGAAAAUCCUAGGAAGGGCCAUAAUGGGACAAUAGAGUUUACCAGCAUAGAUGCCCACAAGGGAGUAGCCCCAUCCAGGCGAGGUGACCUUGAAAUCCUUGGCUACUGCAUGCUGCACUGGCUGUGUGGGAAGCUGCCCUGGGAGCAGAACCUCAAGGACCCUGUAGCUGUCCAGAGUGCGAAAACAAAACUUAUGGAUGAGCUCCCAGAUUCAGUGCUGAGGUGGGAUCCUCCUGGAAGCAGCUGCAGUGAAAUAGCCAAGUUCCUGGCCUCUGUUUCUGGCUUAGCUUAUGCUGAGAAGCCCAAGUAUCACGUGCUGAAGAAGAUCCUGCUGGAUGGGCUGGAGUCGAGCGGGCUGCGCUACGACGGCCCCCUGGAAUUUUCCCCAGCAGCAGCAGCAGCGUGCGCACGGAAUCACCUCGCUGCCAAGCUGUCCAGGGUUCGCCUCCCAAAGCCUCCAGCAAAAGCAGCUCAGCAGAAGGGAAAAAAGCCACAAGGUGAAGAAGCUGCCUAUCAAAACCAAGGCACACAGCUCCUGGAAGAAGGAAAGCCAAGCACACGGAGCAGGAGGCGUCCCCAGGCAGAGCUGCAGCAGCACACACAGUUACUGUCUGUACCUCAGUGGGCUCCCUUGGCCAGGCCUUCAAUAAAGGCAGAGCAGCAGAAGGAGGACAUGGGGCAAGAGGAGCAAUCCAGCUACCUGAGCAGGCCCCAGACCCGGGGAACACGCCGGCAGCUCCACGUGGAAGAGAAGCCACUUCCAUUUUACACUACACAGCAGGAGCCUGAGCACCCAAAAAAGGAAGACACUGCAAGAGAGCUGCCACCAUUUGACCCCUACAGAACACUCUCAGAAUCCCGAAAGGAGCACAGUCACCUUGUAACUCCUGUUCCUGCAGCAGUGUCCCAGCCUGGUGCUGACACCACUCAUCCCUCUCUCUCUGCUGUGUUUAAGCUUGCAUUUGCUGAUCAAACCUACCCCUACACUGCAGCUGUUCUGGUGCUUCUGGUGCUCAUUGUCCUGUCCUUGUAUCUGCUUUGA